AGAACGAAAAGGCCAAGACCAACGACGACGACGACGCAUCAAGCUACCGUAUACACAACCGCAUAGCAUCGUGAGGCAUAAUCCAUCUACGAUGGAGCCUAAAGUCAAAGAGCAGAAUUGUAUGGUCGUCAAGGGUGCGGGACCAACUGGUCCCAUGCAGGAUGAAGCCGAGCUAUUCGCUCCUUCGGCGCAAGGCAUCUCGGAGUGUGGAUGGAAGAGCUCAUCACAGGACUCGAGGAAAGUUACGAAGGCUCGAAGCUGGACCAUGAUACACCACGAAGCAAAUGGAGAGUGGCUUGCACAAACAUAUAAACUUCCUACUUUCUCCCGUAUCCCACUCAGUCUAAACACACCAGACAUCUUCAGAGGAUCUUGAGAUAACUUCAGACACACUAAUCCACCAACACCAACAUUAACUAUUCCCCCAACAGAUCUUCAACUUCCACUUCUAAACCAUCAUACUUUCAUCUCCAAUGGCACCCAUCAAUGGCUCACGUUACGACUUCGUCGUUGUCGGUGGAGGCACAGCCGGGAAUGUGAUCGCUGGUAGACUCGCAGAGAACCCCAACGUGAGCAUUCUUGUGCUUGAAGCUGGAGUCGCGCAUCCUGAGUUGAUCGACCAAAUCACAACACCAUCGGCGGCUAUGACGCUGAGAGGUAGCCAGUACGACUGGGCCUACAAGACAACCAUUGUGAAACGAGACGACUACGAGCGUAUCGAAAAGCCCAACACCCGUGGCAAGGUUUUGGGGGGUAGCUCCUCGCUGAACUACUUCACCUGGAUACCUGGCUGUAAGCCGACUUUCGACAACUGGGCUGAGUUUGGCGGUGAGGAGUGGACCUGGGAUCCUCUGGUUCCUUACCUUCGCAAGUCCACUACUUACCACGAUGACGAGGGGUUGUAUUCUAAAGACUUACAAAAGCUGGGCGUCUCUGGCCCACUGCCAAUCUCUCACGCCGAACUGCUGGAUGAGCUUGCCCCUUUCCGAGAGCGUCUCACGCAAGCGUGGUUGUCUCGUGGCCACACGCUUACUGAGAAUAUUUACGACGGCGAGAUGAUCGGGCUGACCCACUGUGUGGACUCCAUCUACCACGGAAAGAGAUCAGGGUCAUUCCUCUUCGUCAAGAAUAAGCCCAAUAUCACGAUCCUUGCCGAGGUCCAUUCGAAGAAGCUUAUCAUUGAUGAGACUGACAUGACUGCCAAGGGCGUCACUGUAAUCGACAAAUCAGGUAACGAACUUAGCUUCUACGCGACACGCGAAGUCAUUGUGUCCCAAGGCGUCUUUGAAUCGCCAAAGCUUCUCAUGCUUUCUGGCAUCGGACCUAAGGACCACCUUUCCCAGCAUGGCAUCAAGACAAUCGUUGAUUCUCCCCACGUCGGUCAGAACCUGAUCGACCACCCCGGCGUUCCAUUCGUACUACGGGUGAAGGACGGCUUUUGCAUGGACAACUACCUGCUCCGCAAGGGGCCCGAGAACACACAAGCCAUAGAGACAUACAAGACGACAGGUCGCGGCCCUGUUGGCUCCGCCCUCCUCGAGCUUGUGGGCUUCCCUCGCAUCGAUGACUACUUUGAGAAGGACGCCCUCUACCGCGAGCGCAAAGCUGCUAACGGCGGCAAAGACCCCUUCUGCCCUGAGGGCCAACCUCACUUCGAGCUUGAUUUUGUCUCUAUGUUCGGCAGUGCGUUCCAGUGGCAUUAUCCCAUUCCCAAGGAAGGCUGCUACGUGAGCGUCGUCGUCGAUCUCGUGCGACCUAUCUCGCCCCCUGGCGAGGUUACCCUGAACAGCGCAGACCCUCUCAUGCAGCCUAACAUCAACCUCAACUUCUUCGCAGACGAGCUAGAUAUCAUCGGCAUGCGCGAGGGCAUCCGCUUCAGCUACGACGUGCUGACCAAAGGAGACGGCUUCAAGGACAUUGUGGUUGCCGAAUACCCCUGGGACAUGCCUCUCGACGACGAUGCGGCUAUGCGCCACGCUGUCCUUGACCGGUCUCAGACGGCGUUCCACCCCUGCGGAUCUGCACGUCUUUCCAAGAGCAUCAGUCAAGGUGUGGUUGACCCCCAACUCAAGGUCCACGGAGUGAAGAACUUGCGAGUCAUCGACGCGUCAGUUAUCCCCAUCAUUCCUGACUGCCGUAUCCAAAACUCCGUAUACAUGGUUGCCGAGAAGGGUGCGGAUCUCCUGAAGGCUGCCCACAAAGACCUAUUUGGAGCCUAAGUCGCUCGAUUGAUGUUGCGGAAGCUGAUAAGAUGGAAGGUUUCUUAAAGUUCUCCUUUGUAGUAAUGCUAGAUUAAUAAUACUUUCCACUCGAGUCAUCAAUAACCUAUUAAUCCUGAUUUAAUCCGUUUUCGAGAAUUGUGAUUUUGAUACGUUGUGCGAAAGUUGCAGAUGGAACAGGCAAAAAGUUACUUUACCAUCUGUGUAUAGGCUGCUGUGAAGUGGGCUCUUCAGAAACCCUUUGGUUCUAUUUAAACGAUGUUUUAGCUUUAACCAUCGUGUUGUGAAGCUUUGUGUAUUUUGUAAUAAGUAAUCCAAAAACCGGGGAUAUAGAAUAUCUCGGUA